GGAGACUGUCUUUAAUAUGCAAGAAGCUGAAAUUAGAUUCUGGAUUGAAUAUUAACGCGGGAUGCAAAGCGCCAUCUACAAUAGACGAUUUUCCCGAAGAAACUUUAUGGAUCCAGACUGAUCAGUGUUUGCGGCCCUGAUUGCAGGUCAUCGAAAGAAUGCAACAAUGUUGGUCGUGAAAAAGGAGAAGCCGGAGGUGAAAACCCAAAAAGAAAAACUCUACAAAUGCAAUAUCUGUAAUAAAGCAUUCAUGAAGGAAGAAAACUUACAAGGUCAUCUGACGAUUCACAUUGGAAAGUACAAGUGCGAUAUAUGUGACAAAGAAUUUUGUACCAAGUACAUGCUUCAAAAGCAUCGCGAUACGUUUGUACACUUAUACAAUCCAGUCAUGUGUGACAUAUGUGGGAAAGAGUUCCGAUUAAUGGCCGACCUGCAGAAGCAUCUAUACUUCCACGUACACCCGAGUUCGGAAGAAAAGCCUUAUCAAUGUAGUUUUUGUAAAAAGGAUUUUUGGCAGGAACCUGACCUUCAAGAACACAUGAAAAAACAUUUUUAUGAUUUGUUGGAAAAGAGGCCAUAUAAAUGCGAUGUGUGUGGUCGGGCGUAUACAAAGGAGACGCUUUUGUCGAACCAUCGGUAUUCACACCGCGGGAAAAAGCCGUUCAGGUGUGAAAUUUGUGGUUAUGGGUUUAGUUCUGAGGCAGGCUUACUGAAACAUGUUAAUUCUAUAAGAAAGCCUUUCACUUGCGAUGUUUGCGGGAAAAUGUUUUGCGCAGAGAAAUUUCUGCAGAGACACAAGAGCGAACGUCAUGUCGUAUAUAAACCGUUUCAAUGUGAAUGUGGUAGUGAGUUUGUUAGGAAGGACAGUUUGAUACGUCAUCUUCGUAUUCACACCGGAGAAAAGCCCUUCACCUGCCAAAUUUGUCAUAAGCAGUAUAGUGAAGCUGGGAACUUGAGAGUUCAUCAUUUGACACAUUCCGGGGUUAAACCGUACAAGUGUGUAAUCUGUAGCAGGACAUUCCUACACAAAGCCGACAUGUUAAAACACAUGUUGAUUCACUCCGGAGAGAAGCCUUGGGAAUGCCAGAUUUGUAGCAGGGCAUUCCGACUUAAGUCGUUGUUGAAGCGGCAUCAGUUGGUCCACGAAAAGUCUGGAAAGGGAGAAAGAUAUGAAUGUGAAGUAUGUAAGACGACUUUUAACCGGAAAGACAAUUUACUGAGACACAUCCGGAUUGGACACACCAUAGAAAAACUCACUCAAGACAAGUAAUGAAAGUUGGCAAACAUUAAAUUUUAGAUCUGUGCUUCAAUUAUAUAUACCUAUAUAUAUAUAGGCUAAUGGUAGAGUCUUAUAACGAAGUCACUGUUUUAGAAUAGGUUGUGCUGUUGUGUUCAGUAAAACAUUGAUUCAAAGUAGACAAUUUCAUUGAAUGUCCUCGCCACAAAAACAAGGUCGAUGAUCAGUGCCAAGAGAAUUUGACAUAUGACAAUAGAAGUUUUAAUGUGCCAAAUAUAACUAGUCAGGGAGGCGGGGACUUGAAUUCAUGAUCAGACAAACUCCAACAAGAGAGGAUGUGAGCUCUUUAGCUGCAGAUCAUUGGCCAAUUACUUUAAUUGGAUGUCAAUGACAGCGCUGAUCUGAUCAACAUGAAAACAAUUUAUAAAUUGAAUUAUGACCGAAUGCAUUACCGGUAGAUUUGUUUUUUAAUGCUUACAUAAGAUAUAUGCAGUUUGAUAGAUUGGACAUUUUUUAGAUAUAUCCAAUAUUGUAUUCAACCUAAUAAGCCCACCAAGUUUGACAGGUUGAACAUUUUUCAGAUAUAUCCAAUAUUGUAUUCAACCUAAUAAGCCCACCAAGUUUGAUAGGUUGAACAUUUUUCAGAUAUAUCCAAUAUUGUAUUCAACCUAAUAAGCCCACCAAGUUUGACAGGUUGAACAUUUUUCAGAUAUAUCCAAUAUUGCAUUCAACCUAAUAAGCCCACCUGUAAUUACAUCCCACUUUUUUUCAGGAAAAGAGGAUUUGUGUACUAUGAUCGAAACUUAUAAAAAUUUUCUUUACCUUGCAGAUCUGCUAACAUGAAUCGAUAUAGAUCUUAGGUCUUUUAAUUAUAUAACUGUAUACAUGUAUCAAAGUGAAAAAGAAAUUUGUUUUUUUCCGGAUUUCAUAUCGAAACUUCAUGACCGUACAUGAGUUUUAUUAGCACACUGGUUCACCUUUUCUGUUUUAAAGUUCACGCUGGGCUUAUUAGUUUGAUUAGAGUAUAAAUGUAUAGUUGUGCAUGUUUGUUUUUACAAUGAUUUGGUCUGAAUCCAAUAGUUAAUUAAUUUGUUGAUAAUUUUACUUUUACAGUUGUUCAGAGUUUAAUAGUUGUAUUUUUUGUUGAUGUUUUUACAAUAGUUCUGAAUUAAAUCGUUGGAAUUACUUGAUGUUUUUACAAUAGUUCUGAAUUCAAAAGUUAAUUAAUUUGUUGAUAAUUUUACUUUUACAGUUGUUCAGAGUUUAAUAGUUGUAUUUUUUGUUGAUGUUUUUACAAUAGUUCUGAAUUAAAUCGUUAGAAUUACUUGAUGUUUUUACAAUAGUUCUUCAUGAUUAUUAAAUAUUACCUUGUUUAAAA